AUGUCUAGUGCUCCUUUGAAACAGUACUUCCAACUGCUUCCUGACAAGCUCAGAACGUUUUUUAAGAAGUACCCGCCUAAUGUAAAAUACAGCGACAAGGCUACUUCAACGGGUGCGAUUGACGCCAAUCCAUUUCUGGCCAACAAGCAUCCAAUAACCGGAAAGUACCACAACCCAAAGUAUUCAUUGAGGCGUAUGAGCGACUUGUACAAGCUCGCUCAUCAAUACGGAUUGCAAGAACUUUUACCCCCAAGUAACAAGCUAUUCUUCGACGAAAAGUACGAAAAGAAGAAGCUGAUGAAGGGCGUGCUGAUUCCAAAAGGCCACAAACAUGAAUUGGCGCAGUCUGAGAAGAUGCAGAAGAUGCGUGAGGCUAUCAAAAAUGCAGACCAGUACAUCCUGGAAGUCAAAGGUCGUAAGUACAUGAAGAAACUUGAAAAGAGGAAGGAGGAAAAAAGGCCUCGCUGGUUCUGA